AUGGUGUUGCACUCUGAGAGCUCGCAUACUUUCCCGAUCCCCUUCUCAUACCUCGUCCAGGCGCACAACCUCCGCUACCCCUCGCCGUACGGCAAGCACAUCCUCUCAUCCGACGUCAUCUCCCGCUCCUUCAACCCCUCGACCAAUGUCCUGAAAACGACGAAACUCAUUCUCAAGCGCGGCAAAGUACCGCGAUGGGCACCCAGAGUCAUCCAGCGCAUCGACAAGACAUGGGUAUUAGAGGAGACGGAGAUUGAGAUGGGACUUGUUGAGCCGGACGGAGCGUUGUUGCCUGCGGAUGGUGGGCCUGACGCGGGUGGGAUGAAGCGAGAACUGCGGACGCGGAGCCGGAAUAUCGACCGGACGGAGUUUAUGGAGGUCUUCGAGUGGCAGGUCUUUCGGGAGAAGAAGGGCGACCCGUUCUCAACGGAAGUGACGACGCUUUCACGAGUGACGUCCGAGUUCGGCUUCUGGCCUCUCUCUCAGCGGAUCGAGAAGUACGGGCUGAGCCGACUUCCUCGCUCAAUCGAAGGCUCCCGCCUCGGCUUGCAACUCAUCGCCGAACUCCUCCUCCGCCCCUCGACUUCCUCAACCAUCCUUUCCUCCGGCCCUCUCGCACCCUUCCUCUUCGAACCCGUCCCCUCCCAAUUGUCCCUCGCCGUCCGUGCAAAACUCGACGAGGCGCGAUCAGCUUGGCUCGAAGGUGAGCAGGCGAGACGACGGGAAGCAGGAGUUGCGGGAGCCGAGUUUCGCCCGGAGGAAGAACCGAGACGACUGAGGCUGUGGAGGGAGAGGUGGAGAGCUGCGGUGCAGCGCGGACGACGACGGUUCAGAGAGAAGGUGUGCGUCGUGACGGGCUUCCUGUGCGACGAGCCUGGGACAGUCGAGGGAGUCGCGGGAUCGGGCGAGGGGACGGCCUGA